AUGAAGGUCAACGGCUGGCUCGUCAAUGUGGUUCUGGCCUUCCGAGGUGCCUUGGCCGCGCCUAGCUUCCUCACCACGGAAGAAACCGCGGUCGCUUUGAUUUCUCGUGCCUUGCCCAACGCGCCUGAUGGAUAUGCCCCCAAGAACGUAAGCUGCCCAGCAGUGCGCCCUACGGUGCGUACUGCGGAGACGCUUUCUUCCAAUGAGACGUCCUGGUUGCAGACCCGUCGCAAGAAGACCCUGUCGGCAAUGAAGGACUUCUUUGGUCACGUCAAAGUCGGUGAUCUUGACGUGGUUGGCUACUUGGAUAAGCAUGCCAACAACGUGUCCAGUCUGCCCAACGUGGGUAUCGCGGUGUCGGGAGGUGGUUACCGCGCCUUGAUGAACGGCGCGGGUGCUAUCAAGGCUUUCGACAGCCGAACCGACAAUGCCUCCACCAGUGGUCACCUGGGUGGUCUGUUGCAGUCUGCCACCUAUGUUGCUGGUCUGAGCGGUGGAAGUUGGUUGCUGGGUUCAAUCUAUAUAAACAACUUCACCACCGUCUCCUCGCUGCAGACUACUGAGCCGGGAUCGGUUUGGCAGUUUGGAAACUCGAUCCUCAAGGGCCCAGACACUGGAGGGAUCCAGCUUCUCGAUUCUGCCAGCUACUACAAGGAUCUCGCGGAUGCUGUGCAGAGCAAGGUCGAUGCCCAGUACAACACUUCUCUCACCGACGUCUGGGGCCGCGCGCUGUCAUACCAGAUGUUCAACGCCAGCAACGGAGGCAUUGAUUACACUUGGUCGUCAAUUGCUCACACCAAGGAGUUCAUCGAUGGUGAUUAUCCCAUGCCGCUCGUCGUCGCGGACGGUCGUAAACCCGGCCAAAAGGUGAUUGGCAGCAACUCCACUGUCUUUGAAUUCAACCCAUGGGAAUUCGGAACCUGGGACCCUAGCAUCUUUGGCUUUGCGCCCCUGGAGUACCUCGGUUCGUCAUUUGAAGGGGGUUCCCUUCCCAGCAACGUCUCAUGUGUCCGUGGCUUCGACAAUGCCGGUUUCAUCAUUGGUACCUCGUCGAGUUUGUUUAACCAGUUCAUCCUUCAACUGAACACGACCUCGCUUCCCAACGUUUUGAAGGAGGUCUUCGCCAAGAUCCUUGGGCACUUGGAACAGGCCGACGAUGACAUUGCCAUCUACGACCCCAACCCCUUCUACCAAUAUCACAAGGAGACCUCUCCUUACGCCUUGGAGCCUGUUCUUGAUGUGGUCGAUGGUGGUGAGGAUGGCCAGAACAUCCCCUUACACCCUCUGAUUCAACCCAAUCGCCAUGUCGAUGUGAUCUUUGCCGUGGACUCUUCCGCCGACACCAACAACUGGCCCAACGGCACUUCACUGGUCGCUACUUACGAGCGUAGCUUGAACACCACCGGUAUUGGCAACGGCACUGCUUUCCCCGCAAUCCCCGACCAGAACACUUUUGUCAACCUGGGUCUCAACACUCGUCCUACCUUUUUCGGUUGCAAUAGCUCCAACACUACCGGCCACACCCCACUGAUCGUCUACAUCCCUAACGCCCCCUACUCGGCCUUGUCCAACGUGAGCACCUUCGACCUGUCAUAUAACGACACCCAGCGUGACGAGAUCAUUCUAAACGGCUAUGAAGUUGCCACCAUGGCCAACAGCACCCGCGACAUGAACUGGACUGCCUGUGUCGGCUGUGCCAUCCUCUCCCGUUCCUUUGAGCGAACCAACACCGCGCUCCCUAGCAUCUGCACCCAGUGUUUCUCAAACUACUGCUGGAACGGCACCACCAACUCCACCGAGCCAAACAGCUACUACCCUGACAGCUUCAUGAACGUGAAGAUCGCCGAUAACGCCGGUGCCACUUUGCUCAUGCCUGCCGUUUUGCCAGUUGUGAUGGCCGUAAGCGUCAUAUUCUUUGGCUUGAUCUAG